UUCUUAUUUCAUCUUUUUUUCUUGAUAUUUUUUAAUCAAAAAUAUUAUAUUUUAGAUAUGGAGGGAACCUUAUCCAAAUGGACAAAUGUUAUGCAUGGUUGGCAACAUCGUUAUUUUGUUCUUAAUGAUGACGUUCUUUGCUACUACACUUCUAAAGAGAAAAUGGCACGAGGACAGCAGCGUGGUUGUAUAAGACUUCGAGGUGCUGCUUUAGGUAUUGAUGAGGAGAAUGAUACGUUAUUUACGGUUGCUGUUGAUGGAAAAACUUUUCAUCUUCAGGGAAAGAGUAAACUUGAACGCAAUUCUUGGGUUCGUGCUUUGGAACGAGUAAUUCACGAGAAGUGUGGCUAUUACAAACCUCCACAAGAGGAUCCAGUCCUAGAUUUACAUAAAAGAGUUACGACUGCUGAGAAUCAGUCACAAAUGUUGUUAGAACAGACCAGAAAUUUGGAACAACAACUCAACAAAGAUUCAGAAAAGGCAGAUCAUAAACGAAAGAAAAUUUUAUCUGAAAUUUUGAUGACAGCAAAACGUCUACAAAGCACAGUUGACCAUUCGCUUAUUUUACUUCAACAAGUACAGAGAGAUUUGGGCUUUGAUCAAACACAAAAUUUGGAAAUGAACGAUACAGAGACGAAUGGUCGAGAGGACGAGACAAAAGAAGAAAUAACUUUGGACGAUGUAAAUCAAAUGGUUAGCUUCUCUAGUAGCGAUGAUGAAUUCUUCGAUGCUAAAAAUGAAGAAGGGUCAAUUAGAUCCAAAAUUUUACAAGAAAAUGAAAGAGGGGGAUCAUCACCUGCUGGUUCAACAGUUUUGAAUACUAGUGGUUCUUUCCAUCAUAAAAGUCAUAGAUUGUCCCAAACUUCGCUUAAAAGAAUUAGUUUGGAUGGAACAGAGACUUUAACAACGUCAGACCCCGAUUGGAGUGGGGGCGAUGCAAAAUGUGAAAAUUAUGAUACAAUAUAUAAUAAUACAGACGAGCAUGAUGUUGGGGAUAUAAAUAAACAACAUGGAAGUGUUUUGAUGCAUUUGCUUUCUCAGGUCAGCAUUGGAAUGGACCUAAGUAAAGUUACGUUGCCAACAUUUAUUUUAGAACGUCGUUCUCUUUUGGAAAUGUAUUCUGAAUUUUUUGCUCAUCCAGACGACUUUAUCGGCGCUAUAAAUUUAAAUACUCCAGAAUCACGCUUUUUAGCUGUUGUCGAAUAUUAUUUAAAUUCUUUUUAUCCGGCACGUAAAAGUGGAGUUGCCAAAAAGCCGUUUAACCCAAUUCUUGGAGAAACUUUUCGUUGUCGUUGGACGUUGCCUGGAACUGUCCCGAGUGAACAAAAAACGAAAAGGGGGCCAUUCCCUGGGACUGGAACAAAUCAGGUUACUUUUAUUGCUGAACAAGUUAGUCAUCACCCACCAAUCUCUGCUUUUUAUGCAGAGCAUCCAGAAGCGGGUGUUUCAUUUAAUGGUUAUAUUUACACAAAAUCGUCUUUUCUUGGGCUUUCUAUUGGUGUUCAUCACAUCGGUUCUGGAACCGUUACUUUACAUAAAUAUGGAGAACAAUAUGUGGUAACCUUUCCUAGUGCUUAUGGCCGGUCUAUUAUGUCAACUCCUUGGAUUGAAUUGGGAGGAAAAGUCGAAAUUCAUUGUGAAAAAACUCAAUAUAGAGCCGAAAUUGAAUUUAUAACAAAGCCAAUAUUUCGUGGAAAAGCUCAUCAAAUUCAAGGAAAUGUCUUUUAUGGUCAUUCUUCUAAAAAACCAAUAAUUCAAUUAAAAGGUGAAUGGAAUUCACAAAUUUAUAUUAAAAAAGGAGAGGGAGGAGAUUAUCAAUUAUUUACAAAUGUUUUGGCUAAAGCAGAUGUUAAUAAGGAAUGUAUUCCAGUUAUGAAACAAGAAGAAAGAGAAAGCCGUAGAUUGUGGAGGCAUGUUACUUUGGCUUUGUUUCGUGAUAAUAUUGAUGUGGCAACACAAGCAAAACGUUGGAUUGAACAACGUCAAAGGGAUGAAAAAAUUCAAAGGGACAAAGAAGGAAUUCAAUGGAAAACACGUUUCUUCGAAAAAAUAGGUGACUCUUGGCGGUAUAAGGAAUCUCUUAAUGAUAGAAUUAAUAAUGAUUUGUGA